AUGGUUUGUGAGAGAUGGCAUGGACAGGUAGCCACCACCAUCAGCAGCAGCAGCAAUCGAGUCAUUAUUAUUAUUGUUAUUAUUAUUAUUAUCAUCAUCAUCAUCACCACUUACAUUCUCAUUAGAACUACAGUAACAUUUUCAAACGGUAACAUCAGCACGCGAAUAUGGCUACCUUCGUCAAUUUUAUAUGCAUCUGGACGGAAAGUGUUCCGCGAAUUUCUUAGAUCUGAAUAUAGUGAGGAGAAUAUCAUGUUCUGGUUGGCCUGUGAGGAACUCAAGCAGGAAACCAAUCCGGAAUUGGUGGAGGAAAAAGCACGGCUCAUUUACGAGGACUUUAUCUCUAUCUUGUCUCCGCGUGAGGUGAGUAUUUCA